AUUUACUAGUAGGCCUUAGAGCCUUCACAAUUAUGACUUUUUUAAAACAUAAACCCAAUAUAGUUGAUUUAAUACGCACACUGGAGGCUGGCAGGCGUCAGGAUCGUACAGUUAACUUGCGUCAAGAGGAUUUGUUAGCCGUCUGUUAUCUGGUCCGAGAUGAGUUUAUGCAGCAAAAAAUGUGCCUACAAGUGGAGGCUCCAUGUUGCGUGGUUGGCGAUUUACAUGGCCAAUAUGAUGAUCUGUUGCGUAUUGUAAGGAACACGGGCCAUCCCCCCAAACAGCGUUAUCUGUUUCUUGGCGAUUAUGUGGAUCGUGGUCAAAAUUCUAUAGAAACUAUUACUUUAUUACUCUGCUAUAAGCUUAAAUAUCCAGAUCAUGUUUACUUACUAAGAGGGAAUCAUGAAAGUCAAUCGUUGAAUCAAAUCUAUGGUUUCUUUGAUGAAUGCAAACGUCGCUAUACCAUCAAAUUGUGGAAAUCUUUUGUGGAUUGCUAUAAUUGUAUGCCCGCUGCGGCGACCAUUUCGAAUCGUAUCUUUUGCUGUCAUGGUGGACUGAGUCCUUAUCUCACUAAUGUAGAGCAGAUCAAUCGUCUCUCUCGGCCCACCGAUAUUCCCGAUGAGGGCCUGUUGUGUGAUCUUUUGUGGGCCGAUCCGAAUCGUAUUGACUAUGGUUGGAGUAAGAAUAAUCGUGGGGUUAGUGUUGUCUUUGGUUGUGAUGUUGUCGAGCGUUUUCUUAUCCGUAAUGACUUUGAUUUGGUUUGCCGUGCCCAUCAGGUGGUUGAAGAUGGUUAUGAGUUCUUUGCCAAACGGCAAUUGGUAACCAUUUUUUCAGCUCCCAAUUAUUGUGGGGUAUUCGAUAAUGCUGGAGCAACAAUGUUAAUUGAUUCAAAUUUGAUGAUAUCUUUUGGAAUUUAUCAUGGUAAACUUACUAACGAUACUCAGACUCAGUCACAAGGUAGUCAAAGUCAGGAAAAUAGUUCUAAAAGUGGUGGAAAACAAGUUUCUUCGCCUCAGCGUAGAUCAAGCGAGUAUUCAGGAAAAAAUAUGAGAGUUUAAUUUUGAGUUGCCACCCACCCGAGACAGAGCACAAAGACGAUGUAAGCGACCAACUGUCACUUCAAUUUGCGUCAAGAUAUUGCAACUCACACAUGUGUUGCAACAUCAGCAGGAGCAUCAUCAUCAUCAUCAUCGUCUUCCUUGUCUUCAUCCUCAUGGAGUGCGUACGUGUCGCUUGUCGUUUAUUAUAUAUAUGUAUAUAUAUAGAGAGAGUUUGUUGAUGGUGCUGGAAUCGCCUCAUGUCCAGAAAGGAAAUUAAAAUAGUUCAAGCAUCAAAUUCAAUUUAAUUUUAGCAACAAACUCUCACCCUGCCCCUCUAUCUCUUUUUGACUGUGAGUGUCUCAACAGAGUUAAUAAACCACUAAGUUCUAUAUAUAAUUGUAUAUAUGAACAUACAUACAUAAACAUAUAUAUAUUUUACCACUAACCCAAAACGCAUUUAAUCCUUUCACCAAGCUUCCAACAGCUGCCACUCAACUAAACCCAGACAAUUGAAAACAUGUACAUAUAUCAAUAUAUACGAAUAUUCUCUA